CUCCGCCCUGACAACAGCGCGGUCUCUGACUACGUUGGGUAGACUCGGGUGGGCCUGCCGGCGGCGGACAGAGAUGCUGAAGGCCAAGAUCCUCUUCGUGGGACCCUGCGAGAAGAAGAAACAACACUACGUGAGAGUGUGGCACAGCCAGCCAGGAGUCCCCAGACCUGGGACCCAGCUCUGACUUUGAACUUCUGUGUGACCUUGAGGAAUUUCUUUCCUCUUUCUGGGCCUCAGUCGCUUCCUAUCUGUGACAGAAUGUAGUUUUUCUUGAAGAUGUGGAGAGAAGCAAGCGAGGGAAAACUCACACUAAUGAUUUUUUUAGACGAGAGUGGAAAGACUGUUUUGGCCAACUUCCUGACAGAAUCGUCUGACAUCACUGAGUACAACCCAACCCAAGGAGUGAGGAUCCUGGAGUUUGAGAACCCACACGUUACCAGCAACAACAAAGGCACGGGGUGCGAAUUUGAGCUAUGGGAUUGUGGCGGCGAUCCCAAGUUUGAGUCAUGCUGGCCAGCCCUGAUGAAGGACUCUCACGGAGUGGUGAUCAUCUUUAAUGCUGAUAUCCCGAGCCACCUGAAGGAAAUCGAGAUGUGGUAUUCCUGCUUCGUCCAGCAGCAGUUCUUACAGGACACUCAGUGUCUGUUAAUUGCACACCACAAACCAGGCUCUGGAAGUGAUAAAGGCAACCUGUCUUUGUCGCCACCUUUGAACAAGCUGAAGCUGGUGCACUCAAAUCUUGAGGAUGACCCUGAAGAGAUCCGGAUGGAAUUCAUAAAGUAUUUAAAAAACAUCAUCAACUCAGUGUCUGAGAGCAGAGACCGGGAGGAGAUGUCAAUUAUUACCUAACCAGGCUUCAUCUGAACUCUUCUACAUUCCAAGUGAGGUCAACUUUUUUCCCAGUGCAGGUCUGAAACCUUACCCAGCUACUGAUGUUUUCUCCUCCCUGUGGCUCUAGAAGAAAUUUUCCUUAUCUGCUCGAAGGUACCAGUCACCCAGGGAAUUGAAUCAUACCACCUAUGCUCUAUCCUAGUUCAGCUGAGAAAAUUGUAUUCUUGAAUUGUGAUUCCUUUGCCCCAGGCCUCUCCACAGAGCUGGAAAACUGAAGUGUUUUAUUUUCCUCUUCACCUAUGUCAAGUUAUAAAACUUGUGUAAUUGUAACUGUCAUAGCCCAAUGAUACAACGGUAGUUUAAUCCAUUUGUAUUGGAUGUGAUUUUCAUUCCUUAAUUCAUUCAACAAAUAACGACUUGUUGAGCAUCUAUUAUGUGCUACACUGUUCUAACUGCAGACGGUAUACAGCAUGAACAAAACAAAAAUCCUUGCCCUCGAGAAUUGAGAGCUUCCAUUCUGUUCUUCUAAAUAAUAGUGAGGUAGAGUGAAAACCUGAAAUACUACACCUUAGAUAUGAAAAACCAAAAAUUCUACAUUCUUCAUUUUCUAUAAUUGGUCUAAAUCUCAUGCCCCAUCCUCCUAGAUAAUGCGCGGAGUUGAAAUACUUGCAAUGCCAAAGGAAGUUACAGUCAACUCAUUUAUGGAUUCUAUAUUUGCGAAUUUGCCUACUUGCAAAAAUUUAUUUGCAACCCCCAAAUCAAUACUCAGUGCUUUGACAGUUAUUUAUCGUGGCAGAAAAUUUGAAUCACUAGAUACACAUGUCCCCAACCAAGGCUGAAUAAGGCAGUGCUCUGCCUUCUUUCAGCGUCAUACUGUAAGCAAGUGUCCUUCUCGUGGUCUACUUCAUGCCACAUUUUCGUCUUUUUGUGCUCUCCUUGGUUAUUGUUAAAUGGCCCCCAAACGUAGUACUGAAGCACAGAAAGGCUGUGAGAUGCCUGCAGAGAAAAGACAUGUGUUAGAUGAGCCUCGGUCCAGCGUGAGCUAUAGUGCAUUGUGAAGCAACAACAUGUAUUAAAUAAGAUGUCUUUAAACAGAAGCAUACAUAAAAUAAAGUUAUGUAUUAACGGUUGAUGAAAAUAUUGUGAUCCGAGGCACAUAGGAACUGAACCCUGGAUUUUCCUGAGAGCAAUGCUUUGGUGUUCACACUAAUCCAGUAUUCGUGGUGACUUUACAGAACAGAAUGACCAUGAAUAGUGAGAAUCCACUGUAUCUCCAUCUCUUGCAAUUUUAAGGUUUCGGGUUAGUUCAGUCUCUAAUAAACAUUUAAUUAAUUCAA